AAUUGGAGGUGUAUAAAUCGGCGUUCUUGUUUUACUUAAAUGUAUGAGCUAGCUAGGAGAGCACGCGACAAGUAGCAGGCUUUGUUCCCGGGCUCACGGGUAUAAGCUUCAUGGGUCAUGUGGGAAAGCGACAACCACCCUUUCUGAAAACUGCAUCUCGCGCUGCCCCGUCCUCCCAGAGCCCAGAUGGCCUGUCCGUGUGUGUCUGCAUGCGUGUGUGCCCAACAACGAUCGGUCUCUGCUUUGCGACCCGAGGGCCCAAAUGACGCAACGAAAUGCAGGGUGUCGGGUGGCAGUGCUGUCGACCAGUUCCAAGCCAGCGGUGAAGCCUGAGGCGGACCCCGAAGGAAAUGAAGCUGUUGCCCCGGAGUUCACCAACCGGAACCCCCGGAAUCUGGAGCUCUUAGCUGUAGCCAGAAAAGAGCGGGGCUGGGGGACAGUGUGGCCCUCCCGCGAGUUCUGGCACAGGUUGCGAGUUAUAAGGAGUCAGCAUCACAUAGACGCGCUUGUUGAGCAUCGCAAUGGCCAGACUGUGGUUUCGGCAUCCACUCGUGAAUGGGCCAUUAAAAAACACCUUUAUAGCACCAGAAAUGUGGUGGCUUGUGAGAGUGUAGGACGAGUGCUGGCAGAGCGGUGCUUGGAAGCAGGAAUCAACUUCAUGGUCUACCAACCAACUCCUUGGGAGGCAGCCUCAGACUCGAUGAAACGACUGCAGAGUGCCAUGACAGAAGGUGGUGUGGUGCUGCAGGAGCCUCGGAGAAUCUAUGAAUGAAGCAGAAGCGUUGCUUGAUACUUGUAAAUGUAAAGCUGUCAGCUGUUCGUUCAUCAGAAGAGAGUCUCUAGACGAACCGCCAGCUUGGACGUCCUGUACAGUAACCUAACAGUGGAAUGUUAUUAGUAAAGGUUGUCCUCUUCUCC